UGAGCAACUAUCCAUUUAAAAAUCAACUUUUAAAUUUUACUCAUCUAAAUAUAGAGUAAAUUGGAUUUCCAUUUUUUCAACUGACAUCUGAGCCCCACUUGUCAUUCUCUCACCACGCCACGCACCUCUCACCCUCGUCCGUACCCUACCCCGCGCCGCCGGCGCCCGCCACCCCACCGCCGCCGGCUCGUCGUUCGGUCGCCGCCGCCCUCUCGGCGUCUGCCCGACGCCUUCCCCGCCUCCCUUCGUCGCCUGGCACCACCUCCGACGCCCUCUUGUCCCUCGCGGAGACGGCGGCGCCAGCCUUGGUGGCGCCGCCCUUGGUCCUGACCGCCGCCGCCGCCUUGGCCUGCAGCUCGAGUUCCACGGCGGCCCUCAGCUACUGGAGCUGCCUCUCGUGCUCCGCCACCUCCCGCAGCCCCAUCGCCGACAUGUCCCUCGCCACCGGCCGCCGGAUCCUGCCCACCGUCGGCGCCUCCCGCGCGACGCCGAGGAACCUGUGCCGGACCGCGGCACCGUCGGGCCGGAACGCGACGGCGCACACGUCCCCAGCGAACUCCGCCGCCACGCCGCGGGCCUCCGCCAGCAACUCCGCCAGCCACACCGAACCACGCCACGGACGUGAGGAGCCCGUCGCAGCCUCUGCCCCCUUGCAAAUCCUGAGGUUUGCUCUCAUGAUUGUAGACAGUGCCACAGCUCUGUACAGAACUGAUUUCUCAAGAAGAUGGGAGCUAUCAGCAAGGCAAAUGCUAAAUAGUUUGCUCUGUACCUCAUUCAGAGCAACAUUCAGAGACCUUUAAGUUUGUAGACAAUGCUAUCAGCUCUGUACCUCAUUGCUUGUAAUGUGGCAUCGGCUACAGAUCGCAAUCAAUUAUACUUUGCUCUGCUAAAUGAGCUGUUCACCCAGUUUGUCUGGCAUUGUAAUUCACAGCCUCUGAAUGUUGUAAUAAAUCCUUGUAGAAAUAUUCUCCUGUUUGCAGAUUAUUUAAGAUUUAAUUUACAGCA